AUGUGCAGUGGAGCCGAAGGAGGCCCUUGGCCGCUCGGCAAGGACGCGCCGACAGUUACCGCCGCGGCUCUGGAUCACUAUCGUUUGCAACUGUAUAACUAUGCGGUGGCUGAGCGACUUCGCUUGUAUCCGCCAUCCGUGGCGCCGUGCUACGCACCUUACGGCCCCCGACUGGCCCUCUCCAUGUCGCUGCUCCAGCAACGAGUCCUGCAGCCUGAGGAGCCGAAGCCGCAGCAUAGUUAUAUCGGCCUCAUCGCCAUGGCAAUCCUCAGCUCACCGGAACGCAAGCUAGUCCUCUCCGACAUCUAUCAGCAUAUUUUGGACAACUAUCCAUACUUUCGCUCCCGUGGACCUGGCUGGCGGAACUCAAUACGGCAUAACUUGUCUCUUAACGAUUGUUUCGUGAAAGCUGGACGAUCGGCAAACGGUAAAGGACACUAUUGGGCGAUUCAUCCCGCCAACAUUGAAGACUUUCGCAAGGGAGAUUUUCGAAGGCGUAAAGCUCAAAGAAAAGUAAGGAAACAUAUGGGACUGGCUGUUGAUGACGACGGCGAAGAUUCACCAUCACCACCGCCUCAGUCGCCGCCGCCGACGGCUUUGCCCCUGCCUUUCUGGGGAGCAGGCCGACUGCCCGGCGGCGCCCAAGCGCGCAAGAGACAGUUCGAUGUGGCUUCCCUGCUGGCGCCCGAUGAUGCUCCUGAGAAGCGACAGCGACGUGACAGCAGUUGUGAGGAGGAACAGGAGGAAGACAUAGACGUGGUGGCUAGUGACCAGGAGGAGCGCGCCACCGAGGAUGAGGUGCGGGCCCCGCUGGCUCCGGCCGCUCAAUACCCGCUGCUGGGCGGCUGGUGGCCGGCGCUGGAGCCCGCGCUGCUGCAGCAGCUGCGUCGCUCGGCGCUGGCGCCGGCGCCCCCCAGCCCCACUGACCAGCAGCGCCCACCUGACACCUAA